CUAAGUUUUAUGCUGAGAUUACCCAUUAAGUAACUUGGUUUGUCUCAUGAAGCUUAGCUACAGUUAUACAUGUUCAUUGUCUAUGUAGGUGCCAUCUCGACUCCCAGAUAGGUAAUCAUGUCUGCCACACAGCUCUUGCGGAUUCUCCAAACCCUUCCGGCAUGUGCUGAGGAUGAUAAUGAAGUCGGUGAUUUCAACACCGAUGAACUAGAAGCAAACACAAAUACGGAUUCUAGGUGUACAAAUCCUUUUUUAUCUAACGAAGAGGACAACCAAGUUAACUACUGGACUAAUCGUCCAGAACUUGAAAUUUCAACUUUUGGGAACCAAUUUACCAAUAAUCAUAAAGAUGUGCCCUUUAGAAGGCCUUCAGCGUUAGCGAAAACCGCUGGAUUUCGCAUUGAUAAGCAUUCGGUAGAAUGUGACUUGCCGGAGUUGAUCGUUUGUUAUAAAGAGAGUGAUUUUCGUGUUAAGGAUAUUAGCAUUAAUGAUGAUGAAGAAAUAUCUGAUGAGGAAACUAUUUCAGUUCAUAAGGAUAAUAAUCAUGAGUCUCUAUACAAUUCUUGUCCUGUGAAUGGAGGUGAUGACAUGAUUGAAGCAAGUCUUGACACCGAGUUUCCAAACAAUGAAUGGUUGAGAUCUUCAACCAUGUCAUGCUGUUACAUGGCUGAUGAGUUAACAAACAUUUGUGAAGAGAAGUUGAAUUUAAGUACUAGUUUACAAGAUGAUCUAUGUACACAUCAACUAGCUUCAAAUUCCAAGAUAUCAUUGCAACAAGAUUGGUCACAAAAACCCCUGGAAUUCCCUGUGUCCUCUAACCUUUAUGAUGAUGAUAUCAAUCAGCAUCCGCUUCAGGGUUCUAAAGACAAGCAAAGAAAAAGGGCUAUUGUUGGAUCUGUAGCCAAUAUACAAAAGAAUAUAUUUGAUGAAAGCAAGAUAGAGGAAGGUGUCGCUUUUCAUUUUGACACAAGGAAAAAAAGAGAGGAUAGUAAUCCUUGUGGAUCCAUUAAUCUUAAAUCCACACAUGAACUUACAUCGGAAACAGAAAGUGUCGUUAAUCAACAAGACGCCGCUUCAGAUUAUAAACUACCAGUGAAUAAUCAUGAAACAAGAUAUGUUGAAGGAGAGUCAAGUUUCUCCAUGGCAGGUGUCAUUUCAGAACUUAUCUCCUCCUGCUCCAGGCCUAUGCCAUUGGCAGUUGGAAUCUCUACCAGAUCAGAUAGCAGUGCAACUAGCACCAGAUCGUUCGCCUUCCCCACACUAGAAAACGAAUAUGCUAGCAGCCCUGUAAGAAUGGGAAAAGUAGAGAGGAAAAGAUUACAAAAGCAAGGAAGAUGGAGGAAGGGCCUUCUCUGCUGUAAAUUUUGAAGUCAUAAUGCACAGAGUGAGAGAUUUAAUUUCCAGUAUUGCUGGUAAAUACAUACCCCCAUGUGUCAAUAUUUUUGGGGCAUUUACUCCCUCUUGUGAGUUUGAUUUGGGGGUUGAAUGGAAGUGGAAAUGAGAUGUGUUUCUCCUAUUUUCAAGCUUCAUAUACACAUGGAAAUCAAAUGGAUUUUUGUUUCAGUUUCAGUCCAUGGUCAUGUUUCUGGAUUUGACAUAGUACAUUUUACAUAUUCAUAUUUGAUUUGAUGAACCAUUUAUAUGUCAUAAGCAUUA